AUGGUCCUCACACCUCAUGCCAACUUUGACUCUCCAGAUCAAAUCUCUCCGACUCCCAAUUCCGCUCAGUCCGCCUCCGCCUCCUCUCUCCACCCCGGCUCAGCCGACUCUUACUUCUCCCAUGGCGGUGCUGGACCAAGCGCACCUAGAUUACGGAAAACUUCAACCAGUAGCUUCUCCAAAUUAUCGGAAUUCUCACUGGAUGAACCCCUCUUAAGUGAAAAGGAUAGAUAUGCUCCCCAAUCAGAUCCAGAUACUCCGCAACAUAGCACUUUGAGCGGAGUCAGACAUGUUCCUCUAAGCGUGGAUGCGUCGGAAUGGAGACACCCUGUGUUCAAACAGAAAGUUCUGGGUAUACUUCGGCGACUGCGAGUUCCACUAUGGUCAUCUACCCUUCUCACACCGUCAUCCAUCCAUUUGCAAAAAGUCUCAGGUGCCUUGACCAACGCAGUAUUCUUCGUCUCCUUCAAUCCAGCUCCAAACCCUACAUCACCAUCGGAGUCACCGAUGCUUACUCCUACCAUGCCUGCGUCCGAUCCCGAUCACCCUCCUCCCCUCACUCCAGAACAAUACCCUCCCACCCUCCUGUUUCGUGUGUACGGAGUAAGCUCUGACGCUCUCAUCUCACGGGAAGAAGAAUUGCGAAUCCUUUAUGUCCUGAACACCGAAUACCACAUCGGACCGAAAAUAUAUGGAACAUUCGGUAAUGGAAGGGUCGAACAGUUCUUCCCAUCUAGAGCGUUGACUGCGAAGGAAUUACGAGAACCCCACAUAUUCCGUGGCAUAGCCAGGCGAAUGAGAGAGCUACACUCAGUAGACUUGAGACUUUUAGGUUAUGAGAAUGGUAAGAACACAGAACCAAUGGUUUGGAAAUGUCUUUUAGAAUGGAUCGCUACUGCUGAAGAAGUACUCGACACUCUUUCGGCCUCUGGGGGCAAGUGGGAGUCUUGGGUCGAGAAUUACGGCCUACAUAGGAUUAGACAGGAGGUGGAAAAGUAUAGGAAAUGGGUAGAAAGUGAGCCUGGGAAGGGUAAGGGUGCUGUAUUUGCUCAUAACGAUACCCAAUACGGCAACUUGCUAUUAUUGGAUGGCGACCUGCCCCCUAACGUACCAGAACACCAUAGAUACGUUGUGAUUGACUUCGAGUACGCUGCCCCGAAUGCUCGAGGGUAUGACAUCGCCAACCACUUCCAUGAAUGGCGAGCCAAUUAUCACCAUCCUACCCAUUCACACUCUCUCAAACCUCAUUUCCCGUACCCUACUCUGGAAGAACGUCAGGAUUUCUAUCGAGCCUACCUAUCGGUGGAAAUGGAUGGCACGGAGGAGGUCGUUCAUCGCAGGAAGGAUGUUCUGAGCGAGAAAGUAGAUGCGUUGGAGAGAGAAGUGAGGAUCUGGAGUCCUGCUCCGAGUAUCCUCUGGUCCUUGUGGGGUAUCAUCCAGGCCCAAGAGCAGGUGGAAGCGAUCGCUGAGCAGAGAACGGACUAUGUACCUGAAUUUGAUUACUUGGCUUACGCUGUCGAGCGAUUGGAGAUGUUCCGAAAGGAAGCGAAAGAAGUGGGAGUGCCAAUAUGA